AUGACACCACUGGUAAGCAGGAAGAUGGACCAAUUUCUGGACAUGCAGAAUCUUCUCAUCCUUUGCAAGAUGCUCCUCAGGAGAACCGGCCCGUUGGCAGUGAAGACCGAGAGAUGUCGCAACAUGCCCUUCCAAGCGGUGAAGAUGAUGAAGAUGACAGCGAUAGCGACAGUGAUGAUGAUGACGUGAAAGUUACUAUCGGCAACAUUAAAACAGGAGCACCGUCGUACAUGGGAACUCCUAUGAAUCUAAACUUAAAAACGGGUAGAGGCUAUGGAGCGUCUGCUUCAGCCAAGUUGCAGCCCAAAGGUAUUGACUUAGAUGCCGCAGGGAAUAUAAAUGGAUUGCCUGUUAUAGAAGUGGAUUUGGAUUCAUUUGAAGACAAACCAUGGAGGAAACCAGGUGCUGAUCUUUCUGAUUACUUUAAUUACGGAUUCAAUGAAGAAACAUGGAAAGCUUAUUGUGAAAAGCAGCGACGGCUUCAGCUUGGACUGGAUCCUGCUCCUCCCAUCAGCACUGAAAAUAAGAUCACGGUUCAGCAAGGAAGAACAGGAAAUGCUGAAAAAGAAGUGGAAAACAAUAUCAUCAAAACAGAAUUCAAAACAGACUUCUUGGCUCUGGUGGGAGGACGCAUGAAGGCUGGGCCUCCUCCUAAUAGGAAGCUAGGUGGGACAAUUGAUGUGAUCGGUGGCCAGGCAGGCACCAUUAGGAGAGUAGAAGGAAGACGUCGUGAUAAGCAUGCCUCUGAGGAAAACCCAAUUCAGGUCCUUGGAGACCACGGAAGUAAACCACAACCCCCCCAGCAGCCCCAGCAGCCAUCACAGCCUCAACAGCCACCUCAGCAACAGCCGUUUGCACCACCAGCAGGCCCACCGCCUCCCCCGCUCGCUGGGCCACCUCCACCACACUUCCUCCACCCUCCUCCACCAGUUACUUCUGUUCCACCUCCCCUGCAUCCUCCAGGUCUGCCACCACCCGGUCCUAUUCCAGGGUUGUUCCCGCCUCCUCUGGCACCACCACCAGCUCUCCUUAUUCCAACCUUGGAUGGCCAGCCAGCCAGCUACAAUAACAGGCAGCCUCCUCCAUUUGGCUACAACUCCGCAGAUUCAGGUUUCAUCAGCUACCCGCCCAUCUCCACGUCCCACACGCCCUGGGUGACGACGGUGGACAAAGGCACAAGCAGCUCCAGCAGCAGCCAUUGGGAGUACUCGGGCUCGAGGCGGGAGAGGGAGCGGGAGCGCGAGCGGGAAAGGGAAAGGGAGAGAGACAGAGACCGCACUCCGACCACUAGUGAAUACAACAAUGAUGAUGAACGAUACCGCUACUACAGCCGAGAGCGCAGCUACGACUUUGAGCGUGACUACCGCCGGAGUCGAGAUCGCAGCAGGGAGCGAGAGGAUCGUCACCGAGAACGCAGGCACAGAGACAAAGAGGAGAGCAGCAAGCAUAAGUCUUCAAGACGCAAGCAACAUGAGAGCGAGGAGGGGGAGAGUCAUCGGCGUCACAAGCACAAAAAGAACAAGCGUAGCAAAGAGGAGAAGGAGGCCAGUGAAGAUGGUGCCCAGGAGGGAGAGGAGCAGGAUGCUAAGGAGUGA